UGGACCGGGAAGGCGGAGCUUGGAAGAGCAGGGAGGCGGAGCUGAAAGUUCCUUAACCCUGGGAGUGGAAGAAGCAGCAGGUGCUGUGAUAAAAACAUGUAUAAAAUGAACAAUAAGACGCUCUCCCUCGUGGUGGGCAUCUUCUCUCUCCUUAACACCUUCCAGUUCCUCAUCUUUGAGCUGAACCACACUACGUACUUUGGCUACGAGGACAAAGUCAGUAUCUACAUGGACACAGAAUCUGAGCUGGUGUCUUGGGUCAUGAUCCACAGGAGGAGCAUCAUCGUCGUCUCAUCCACCAUCACCCUCGUGUUCAGCGUGUUGCUUCUCUAUUGCAUCCGCGUGAACAACUACGUGGGGCUGCUGGGCUAUGCCCUGUGGAUCAUCGCGUAUGAGCUCAUCAAUGUCUCCGUGAUCGUGAUCGUCAACAGCAUCAUCAAAGAUGAGUUCAAGGAGAUGAUGUACCUCCAUCUGAUCUUCCAAAUCUCCCGUAUGCUCCUACACUUCUUCUCCCUGCCUUUUGUCACCAAGUAUACCUACGUCCUUUACAAGGACCCCAAGAUUUCAGUUAAAAUAGGCCGCCACAGGCACUCUUCCAUGAGUACUGUCGAUUCGUGGCCGCCUGUCGGGCUGAGAACCUUGUACCGCAAGUUAAACUGAACUGUGCCAGGAAGGAGAGAAAUAAAUAAACAGUGCUCCCCAGCGAUA